AUGAUUUUCAUGUAUACAUAUGUCAACGAAGGCUUCCGUAUGACAAUUAAAAACAUUCCUAUGACAUCUGGAUUGGAAAUACAAUGUUUACCAUGCCAAAGGCCAUUCCAAAGCAUUCCACAAAAGGAAGAUGACUACACUUCUGAGUUUCAACAUCAACCUAAUGCGGUGUUCAUAAAUUGCUUGAAAAUUUAA